UCAGUACGAUAAAAAAGAUAAACUUUAAUAAAAUAGAUACUUUCUGAUUGAUAUUUACUGAUCGCCAGCAAUACUUAUUCAAUCGACUGACGAUUACCUACACAAAGUGUACAAUUUAAUAAUAUCUAAUGGAGGCAUUAAACGCAAAUGAUUUAAAGCUCUUUAAAUGGGUAAAUGAGCCAGCAGAAUGGAAUUUAACACAGGAUAUUUUGUCCGUAACAACUGACAACAAAACAGAUUUCUGGCAGCACACUUGGUAUAAAUUUUAUCCCAACACUGGCCACUUAUUUGGAAAAAAAGUGAAUGGAAAUUUCUGUUUUUCGGUGUGCGUAGAAGCUGAGUUCACAACUCUUUACGACCAAGCCGGUCUCAUGGUCUACGUGGAUAGUAAACAUUGGCUGAAGUCUGGUAUUGAGCAUAAUGACGGACAACCCAUGAUUGGCAAUGUGAUGACCAAUGAAGUUUCUGAUUGGGCCACAGGUGUCUUCACAGGCAAUCCUCGCAAAUUCUGGAUACGCAUAACCAAAUUAGGCGACGUGGUUUGCGUAAAAUACUCCACAGACAAUAUAACUUGGAUACUUUUGAGGUUAUGUCAAUUCCCGCCUUCAGAAAAUGUUCUCGUCGGACCCAUGUGCUGUAGCCCGCAACGGCAAGGUUUAGAAGUGAAGUUCAGCGAUUUCAAAUUUGGAACACCAGCUGAAGAUAUUUUGCAUUCAAAUUGAGAAUUUAGGGUUUCGAAUGUGUGUAGAGCCAAGUUCAGCUAGUGUUAACGAAAAUAUUACAGUAUAAAUGACAUUCAAAAUAUAUAAUAACUUUUGUAAUAAAAUGAGAACCCCCUAAUCGCUCUCCUUCUUUUUUGCAGUUGGUUAAAUUUCUAAAACUUUGUCCUUAGUGUAAGUUUCCUGAAUAUCACAUUAAAAUCGGUUCAGUAAAAAGCAAGAUAAUCAUGGGCUAACAACAAAGAUACAGGUCAAACUGUCGUUUUUUUAAGGUGGUUAAAAAAUCGUUAAUUAAAAUAACCACUAACAAAACCACCAAAAAUUAGUACAAUCUAUAAUCGGUGGACGUCACAAAAAGCAUAUAAAAUAGUAAAAACAAAGAAAAUCCACCAAAAAAAAAAAAAAAUCUGUUGCUGGGAAUCGACCUCGGGUUCGUCGGCGUGAAUCCUCCUCC